AUGAAAAUUGGUGAGGUUGUAGAAGAUACAACAAAUGGUAAUAGUUUUAUUUAUUUUGGAAAUCAUAGAAUGGGUGGAGAUGGUACAUCACGUUGUAAAAACUAUUGUUUCCAAGCAAACCCAAAAACAAAUUAUAUUACUGAGGACAUCGAAUUUUUGGUAUCAUAUGACUACUAUUGCCGUGCUUUAUGGAGAUACUCUUACACCAUCACUAUAGAAGAUUCCAGUGUUUCAUCUUCGACCAAUAAUAAACCAACAAUACUAUUGGGACUAUCAAUACUUCUUAUCAUGUUUGGUUUAUAUAUUUAA